GACUACAACAUUCAGAUGUAUCCAUUACCAUGGAUCGACUCACUUCCUGAAACUCCAGUUCUUGUCAAAAUUCACAUGACCCAUGUUCUCAAACUACAGGUCCGAACUCCUCAAGGCAAUAUCAAUACCAAUUAUCCCACAUUCACUGCUCCAGAUUUUCAAGAUUCCUUCACCAUUCCUUAUCACUUUCUCUCCUCCAUCGCUUCUUCCGAAUUCUAUAUUUUCCACCGACUCUACGACAUGGGAUUCGAUCGUAGUUUAUGCGAUCUCCUGAAGCAGCAUAUCAUCGAUUCCGUAUUCGAUCUUGAUAGGUUGCGAUUUGGGAACCAUAGUGGGAUUCAAGUCACUGCUCGGUUCAAACUCACCACCACAACGACUUACGAUCAGAUGGUCUCUACGUUGGCAGAGGAGGUGGUGAUUAUGGAGGAUGGUGGUGGGUCUGUACAGAGGAGGAGGGGAGCUUCGAAAGCCACUAUUGAUGGGCUGAAGAAAGUGGUGGUGUUCAAUGGUGGAGUAGAUGACGAAAAGUUCAGGACUUGUGCUGUUUGUUUGGAGGAGUUUGGGGAGCAAACAGAGGUUACUUCCAUGCCCUGUUCUCAUGUUUUUCAUCAUGGUUGCAUUGUGCCAUGGUUGAAAUCACAUAAUUCUUGUCCGAUGUGCCGAUAUGAAAUUCCAGAUGUAUAAUUAUUAGGAUAUUCAUAUAUUUUUACGUUGUAAACAAAAAAAUAGAUAAUUUUGAUAGAUUUUUGCAAAAUUUUAUA